GCCGCAACGACGCUCCCCGCCUUGCUGGCGUCUCUCACACAGUCUCUCGCCCUCGCCCAAGAAGGAACAUCCAAGCUGUCGACAGUCGAGCACCCCAAGGACGGCAUCUCGCUCCUCGACGUCAAGAACGAGCUGCUCCUCUCGUACCUCCAGAACCUCGUUUUCCUCAUCCUCGUCAAGCUGCGCAACGCCCAAUCACAAGGCAAGCAAGAUGCGUCAAAGAAGGAAGCGGACCUGGACGAUGCCGUGCGCGCACGGCUGGUUGAACUGCGCCUGUAUCUCGAAAAGGGCGCCCGGCCGCUGGAAGAAAAGCUGCGCUUCUCCAUCGACCGAUUCCUCCGGACGGCAGAAGACGCACAGCGGCGCGACAAGAUGAAGGAGGCAAAGGCCAGCGGCAAGACGGGCUCCAGCACGGACGAGUCGGGCUCGGGCUCCGAAGACGACGACGACGACGACGACGAUUCCGCGGAAGACGAUUCCGCGGAAGACGAUUCCGAAGCCGAAGAGGACGACGGCUCCGCCAGGCCCACGGCGCCCAAACGAGGCAACCACUCCGCCGCCCCCAACCUGGGCGCCCUCAUGGACGACGUGGCCCUCCGCCCUGCCAAGCGCGGCCAAGGCGACGACGGCGACGACAGCACGCCCGCCGGCGUAUACAGACCGCCUCGUCGCGAGCGACAAGUCAUGGAGACGACGCAGACGCGCGAAAAGGCCGCCCGCCGCCCCAUGCGCUCGCACACGAUGGAGGAGUUUGUCGCCUCGGAGCUGUCGGCGGCGCCCAUUGCGGAGCCCAGCAUCGGCACGACCAUUGUCCAGGGCGGCCGCCGGAUGAAGACGACGCAGGAGCGCAAGGAGGAGCAGGAGCGCCGGGAGUACGAGGAGACCAACUUCACGCGUCUGCCCAAGGAGAGCAAGAAGGAGCGCGCCAAGAAGGCCAAGCAGGCCGGACGCAGCGGACGGAUGCAGUUUGGCGGCGAGGAGUGGCACAACCUGGGCGAGGGCGUGGACCGCAUCGAUCGGUUGACGAAGCGCAAGGAGGGCGGCGCGGGCUCGGGCGUCAGGGCCAUGCUGGAGAAGAGCCGCAAGAGAGGGGCGGAGACGGAGGACGGGCCGAGGGGCAGCGGGCAUCAGAUGGGCGAGAGGUUCCACAAGAAGGCGAGGCUGCUGGAGAUUGGACGGGGAGGCAAGGGGAGGGGGAAG